AUGCUCCUACCAUGUCUUCUUUGUGAUUUACAAAUGGAUCAGGAACAAACAGGUGAUAUUGUAACGUCAGGUUUUCAAACAAAUCCUGAACUUCACGAACAUCUCGUAGAAUGUCAUGCGAAAUUUGUGGCUCGCGCCUUACUCGCUCCUAAUGUCACCAAUAAAACCCAUUUCUGGCUUCUCACCAAUAUCAUUUAUCAUAGCGAAAAUGUGAACAAAGACUUUCUUCAUGAUAUUUUUGUAGAGGCAAUAUUGAUAUUCGCAAAACAAUUAUCAUUAAAUGAUAAUGAUAAUGAUGAUGAUAAUGGUGAUGAGUAUUCAGUGAAGUCAAAAAAACGGAAAUCUUCAGAAUGCGAUGAUUCUAAAGAAGUUGAUUUUCAGCCAGUAGCAAAGCGAUCUACAAAUCUUGCAUUUGAAACUGAAUCCACUGAAAUAAUGACAUCUGCUAGCAAUCAAUUGAAUCAAAGCCAACAAUUGCAAAAUUCAAAAUCUAUUCCAAAUGAUUCGGAAGCUGUUCGAAAAUCAAAUUGUCAAAUUUGUCAUGUGGACGUGUGCACAACAGCACGUCAACGACACGUUUAUCAGUUUCAUCUUCGAAUUUCCAAUCUUUUUCAAUGUUCCAAUUGUAGCUAUACAAAUAAUAAUUCAAUUUGGGAAAUGCGUAAACAUUGUAAUGCAAUUCAUCAAGGCAAUGCAUAUCCUAUCAGUAAUGAGGCAACUUAUAUGCAUGAAAUACAGAAUUGGAAUCAGCAAUGUUUUCCGGAUUGGAAACUGAAGAAAUCAUCUUUUUUAAGACAAGGAAUAUCAAGAUUAGAGCAAAAUAAAAUUCCUUCGGAAGAUAAUGAAUUAAAAACGGUUAGCUAUGGAAGUGUUCCGACAAAUACUUCUUAUGAUGAAAUAAGCAAUUGUGAUAUGAACAAUGAUAAUCAAUACGUCAUGAGACAAUCAAUUGUGGCAGAUAUCGUCGAUGAUCGAACUUGUCAUCUCUGUUGGGAAGAGUCUCGUUAUCCGGGGCGUCAUAUAGCUCAGAAACAUUUGAAGAAAUCACUUUAUCAAUGUCCGAUCUGUCAAGAUUUUGGAAGUUACGAAAGUUGUACCGUUACUAAACAUAUCAACAGAAUUCAUCCGGAACAUUGUGAUGCUCUUCCAAUUUCUAAUUUGGAUCGAUAUGCUCAGGAAAUUCGCGACUUACAGAAGAAAUGUUUUCCAAAUCGACCAAUGAAGCUCGUUCGACCUCAUAUCGGUAAUCGUCCACGAGAGCGUCAUAUUUGCCAAAUUUGUAAAAUACAGGUAGCACAAUCGGAUCGUCAAAGACAUGUAUAUCAUCGUCAUUUGAAGCAACAACGUAUUUUCGAGUGUCCACUUUGUUCGUUUGCAUCAAAUUACGAUAUACAUCGUGUGAAAUGGCAUAUUAAAUGGAUGCAUAAAGAUGAUCCAAACAGAGAGCCUUAUUCUCAUGAAAAUGACUAUAAAGAAGAAAUUGAUCGAUUAAACGAGCGAUGUUUUCCGGGUUGGCAACAUCGGCGUAAGCGAUUUUGGUGGUUCAAUAUUGACGGAAGUGAUAAGCAAGAUGUGAAGAAAAAUGUACCAAUAGAUGUUGUUGAAGAAAGAAAAGAAUCAACAGAAGUAAUCAUUAGUAAAUCAUCUGUAAUUAAGGAAGAAUCUGAUGAGAAAUUAACUGAAUGGACAUGCAUGCUUUGCAAAAAAGAAUUCAAACCUUCAUCGAAUUUUUUGCGUCAUGUAGCGAAAGAUCAUCUUAAAAUUUCCCUCUAUCAGUGUCCAAUAUGCAAAGGUCAUGGAGGACAAGAUGCCUAUGAAAUACGAUCACAUAUGCAAAAAUUACACGAUGAAUAUAUGCAAGAACCGAUAUCAAAUAUCGAAAAGUAUGCAGAAGAAAUACAAAAAAUGUAUCAGCAAUGUUUUCCCGGACGAAAGCUUCGAAAUUUGUGGUCAGAGAAGAAAGCAAGCCAAAAUGGCAAGACUUUCGAAGGACUUAAAGUUCAAUGUCGUGAAUGUGGCCAAGAAAUGAAAACUGAAGAUCGACAGAUUCAUGUAUACAGACAUCAUCUGAAGGAACCACGUCUUUAUCAAUGUCCACUUUGCGAAUUCUCUCAUCAUGCUUGUUCAUCAGACGUUAAAGCGCAUAUUAAAUAUGCGCAUCGCAACAAUGCUGAUUUAGCACCAACAGCAAAUUUGAUGAAAUUUUCGAAAGAAAUAGCAAUAUGGAAUUUACGUUGUUUUCCCGGUUGGAUUAAUCGUCGUUUACCUGCUUCUGCACUAGAAGAUUUUAAUAGAUGCCGAGUUUGUGAUGUGGAAGUACGACAAACUUCACGUCAUAUUGCUGAAGUUCAUUUGAAAAUGUCACUUCAUCAAUGUCCACUUUGUGAUUAUGGUGCUUCUGAGAGUCGUCUUGUUCGAAGACAUAUGAAAAAUGGACAUAGAAGAAAGGAAGUUAAAGGUCUUGAACCGAUAGCUAAUGUGGUUAAGCAUCGAGCAGCUUUUUCGGAAAUGCAUGAUCGUUGCUUUCCGGGACGACCAAAACGUUUAUCAAAUAUUACAAUUUCUGAUGAAGGACGAAGGACAAAAUGUCGUCAAUGUGGCGCUACAAUUAGUAAGAAGCGGCGAUUAACUCAUUUAUUAGAGAAACAUCUUAAAAAAGCCAUUUUCAGAUGUUCGCAAUGUUCAUUUGAAUCAUUUCACGAUGAGAAUGUUGUAACAACUCAUAUUCAAGAAGAACAUAGCGCACAAGGAGGUGUUGUAAUUAAUGAUCUACUCAAAUACAAAACAGAAGCAGAAAUGUUGGCAAGAAGUUGCUUUCUACAUUGGCAAUUACUCAUUUAA